AGUCAGUAAAUGAAAGUGAAAGUAUGAAAGAGAAACUAGGGUGAGUUGUUUGUGCUGAAGCAGCUGGCAGAAACUGACGUCCACCUCUUCCUUUUCUACUUUUUCUUCAAGAAAAACACAACUGCAAACCCAGAAAAGAGAAGAAAGGCUGUUUUUCUUCGUAAGGGAAGAGCAAUCUUUCUCUUCUGCUGCCUUCCUCUCCCCCUCAGCACAAUGCCGGACACUCAGCUGUGUUUGGAGGCCCUGUCGGUUCUCUCCGGCUGCAACGUCGAGGCCACCAGCGGACCCUCCCUGCUCACCCCGCAGGACUUUGUCAACAUCGUGGCCCUCAAGCAGUUUUACAAGCAGGAGGGGUUUGAACAGCUGGAGUACCCCAGUUUAGGGACUUUAUCCCUGCAGGAUCUGGACGAUAAGGACAUGUAUAGCUCCCCACUGGCGCUGACUGAAGGCCCUGGGCCGGAAGAGAGUCUUGGACCCACUGUUAAGAUCAACCCCGAGGACUUCUUCCACCCUCAGUACAACUACGACUUCACCAACAUAAAGGAUGGCGACACCAAGUUCAUGCGUGGUAAUGAGCUGUACAUUCGUCCCUGCGGGUGGAACCGGGCCGCCCUGCGUGUCGUCCAGAAGUAUGAUGACGGAGACUCCUGGCUCGGUACCGGGAAAGACUCCUGGCCUGUCUCCUACAAUGGACACAACAUGGACGGCUCCCUCGGCAUCAUCCUGACCCGUGGCGGGAACCCCGCCGAUGAGCCCGGGUUCCUGGAAGCCGCUGCCAACUCUCUGCUCACUGAGGAGACGAAGGGCAGAGGGGUGUACUCCACGCCAGACAUCAAGACGGCGGAGAAGUAUUGCAAGAAGUUCAAGUCCAAAGUGGACGGGAAGACAUACAAAGUGGUUCUCCAGAACCGCAUCAACCCAAAGAAGAGAGUGAAGUGCCAGAGAGAAGACAUCUGGUUGGUCUACGUCCCUGAAGGCUCAAACGAUGUCAAGACGAGGGCCAUCGUGCAGGAGUCCGUCCGCCCGUACGGGCUGCUUGUGAAAAAGGUGUGAUGUGUCUUCAGAGUUAUCAGAGGCAGAUAAAUUCUUCAUUAUCAACAAAAAAACCUCACAAAAAAUGUUUCACACUCCAGUGAGAUCAAGUUAAUGCUACUAAAAGCAGUGUUUCAUUGAGCCAUGUAUGAUUGUUGAUGUAUGAAUAACCAACAACACAGUAUGGCCUUUUUCUUACAUGUUAUCAAAAAUAAUGCUGAGUUCUUCCCAUAAAAUGGCGACCGUAUCCUACUUUACUGUCUCACUGUACUGGGGACUUUAAGCUGACCAUCAGCUGCUUUAUUCUGACCCCUCUAGAAAUCAGUUUAACUGUAAUGAAUUUAACUUCUAGAAAAAAGUAAGAAAAUGAACAUGCUUUUGUGGUUUCAACUGUACAUUGUACACACUGAACAGCAGCAGUGGUCAAACUCGGUUUAGCUCUCCAUAUGAUGUGUUCAAAUGUAAGAAAAGACUAGAGUUGUUCUGAUACUAGCGUCAGAAAUUCCUCCAAUACCGCCCAAAAUGUACACCAAUCCACUUCCAUUUAUUUUAUUUAAAGGUUUUAACCUGAGCCAGCCCAUACAACAAUGAUGGAAAUCAUACAGGCUUAGUAGUAUAAACUUUAAAAUAAAAAAAUAUAUAUCGGAUCAGUACUCGGUAACAUCUCUAGAAAAGACUGCAGGAAAGAGAAAGCAAGAUGCAAUCCUCAAACAGGUCUAAGGCCCUUUGCAUCUGAAGUUGAUUCAUGCUGCCAUCUAGUGGAAUAUAAUGUGAUGAGCAAUCUUGUGUCAAAGUAGUGACAUUGGAUUAUUCUAGUUCUCAUUUAACAGUUAUGGUUUUUUUUCUUCCUUGUUGGUUUUAUUAUUCUAGUCCGCACAAAGGAGGAGUUCUGGAGGAAAAGUUUAACUCUGGGCUUCAGUGAAUGGUGUGAUUUAAUGUGAUUUGACCACUUUGGGAAAUUGUUGUUAUGACGUUUGAUUUUCAUAGCUUCAUUGCUUUUUCUGUCACUUUAAAGAAUAUGUCUGUGUCUCAUGAAGUUUAUUCCUUAGGUUCCAUUUUUGUCAUCCAUUUUAAUAGAACUGCAGAAACAUGUUUUACACCACUGACAAAAUUCCUGUUUUCCUUGAAUCUCUGUGGGAGGUCAAUGGCCUAAUUUUUAUGAAAUAAACAGUGUACAGAU